AUGGCUUGGUUCGAUAGUUGGACUGAGGAAACGUACGCAUUGAUCAUGCGGGCGACGGUGGGCAGCUGUGUGUUAACGCGGCUUCAAGGCGAACUUCCUCAGAAUUCAUUGCACUUCGUAACAGAAGGCAUCUGGGACCAAGCAUGCCAGUGUCGUCCCCAGACAAGCCCAAAAAGAGGGCAAGGGUAUCCACCGCGAAAGAACUACCUAGCUUGCAUACCUGCCCACCGAAUUAAAGAAGCUGGCAAAGAAACUCACCUUCGGGCAGCCAAGACGAGAGCGGCAUACUCAGGACAUGUCCACCGAGCGCGCUCGUGGCUGCAGAGCCAUUUUCCAGAGGAGGGGACGCCACCGACUCCGAAUCACACCGGAGAGGACUCUGAAAUCUACAGUGAUCCAAAUUUUAAGAACGUGUUUGAGCGCAUGCCAAAUAGGUGCUCAGAUAAAGCAUUAGCCCUUUACCUUUCAUGGAGAGGGUUCCAAGAAAAUAGCAGCCAAAGCACCAUUGACGGUGUUCGAGCGGGAUUCAAGAUGUUGUGGGACGAAGCAACUAAUACCUUCGGCGUAGUGAUGUGGCAUCACAAUGAUGCCCAUCACCGAUGGGAAGGCAACCCAGUCCUGUCGGCAGAAGUUGACGAUGUCGUGGCAUCUAUCAGACACAAGGUUAGUUCCGAAGGAGCUGAACGGAAGCACUCGGGUGCCAUGAAGAAGGAAUACAUGGAUAAGAUACUUGCCUGGUCAGAAUCAUUUUGUCCACUUGACACCCCACUCCAAUACAUUCGUCUCGUGACGAUAGGCUACAAAGCGCUGCCAUCGGGCGAGUCCUUGAAUGGGAAAGUGAAGCUAACGGUCACACAGCACCUCGAACACCUUGCCUUUAGCGCUGUCGCAUUUACGCUUUGGAUGAGGAACUACGAGCUCCUGAAACUAAAGCGCGGGGAUGUCAAGCUUGACAAGACUGUCAUAGAUGGCAUGUUCAUGAAAUACCUUCGAGGCGAGGAACUCUCCCUCACCGUUAGCGAGUGCAAUGCUUACUUCGAGAUCCACCUAAAAAACCGUAAGGGAUGGCAGAGAAAGUUAGAUAAGGGGAUGAGGGAAGCUGACCUACAAAGCAAUCGCUACAAGAUUUAUCCACGCCCGGAUAUGGGCAAGGCGUGUGACACCCUCCUGCACCUCGUGUCCUGGAUGAAAUGGGUCGAACUUGUCCAUCUCGGCCGGCCGAUGACUGAAGAGGAUUUCCUUUUCCCCGCGAUUGGCACAAAUGGCGUGCUGCAACCGGGUGAGCCACUUUCCCAUGACACAAUCCAAAAAUGGAUCGACGAGGCAGUGGUGGGGUCUGGAAUUCCCAGAACGUUCACAACGCAUUGCUACCGUCGUGGUGGAGCGCAAUACCGCUUCAUGUUUGCGCCAGUGGGGCAGCGAUGGACCCUUGCGCGGGUCUGGUGGUGGGGGGGAUGGGCUGAAGGUGAGCAUCGCGACACACUGAUGCACUACCUCCUCAACGAGUUGAAUUGCUACGAAAACGACCACAGCGACGCGCUGCAACCGGUCCCGCGUGAAGGUGAUCGUUCACUCGCAGGUGAAGCUGCGCUCGUCCGGCCAGCGUCCACCGAGGCACUCAACAUGGCACAUGCAUCGAUAACAGCCAACAUGGCAGCGCUACACACGACUGUGAAGGAAGUGAAGGAAACCUCGUGCUCACUUUCAGUAGAUGUAAGGGAGAUCUGCCAACAGCUCAGCGACAUGAGCAACCUGGUCAUAAAGGCCCUAACCUUGGCCUCUGCAUAUUCAGCCCCUUCUGGACCUGUGCUGCGCCAGGGCACUACCGGCAGUAACGCUCAAGCGAUGCCAAUAACAGCCUACCAACAUUCACCUGCGCAGACCACAACGUCGUCACCCCCAGUGAUCCAGUCCACUUCCAUGCCAACAGCGGCGAUCCAGUCCACUUCCAUGCCAGCAGCCCAGCCAUACCUACCUACGCUCAAUUUACAACCGACUCAAACGCAGUUCAGGAUGCCACGAGUUGUCCAACUGUCAGAUCUUUCGCCCUCAACGUCCCUCCCUUCGCAGAUCGGACCCCAGAGGACCAAGGCCCGUGCCUCUACCUCCCUUCUGGGAGUUGUCAUCCUGGACGUGCCCGUUUUGCGUCCCGAUGGGACAUGGACCGCAAAGUCAGACUCUUGGAGGGACAUAGUACACCACUGGACGGAGGGGGAGCCACGGCUUGACCUGCACAUUCCGCUCAAGGACUGGCCUUAUCACUACUACAAUGGGAAGAGCGGCCGUCAAUUCAAUACGAAAUUCCAGGGAGACGAGGAAACCUUCCUCAAGGUCUAUGGAAGUGCCGUCGGUCAAGGACACACGAAACUCCUCAAAGCGAUCUUGGCCGCCCGCAAACAGUAUUGUGGAGCUGGGGAGCGCCAUCGUCACCUCACAAGUGAAGAAGUCUGCGACGAUUCUUCUUCGGGCAUCAGCAAGCAGCACUGAUGCAUAUCACACCAAGGUCAUCGUUCCACCAUUGCCAUCCUGUUCUUUUUUUCUUCUUUUGUUUUCUUUCUCUUAAUACAUCUAUCACUCACUUGUUGAUACUAUCACCCCAGCAUCACCCGAGCUCGUGAUGUACUACAUCACUAGUCGCAUACUCAUACAUGUGCAGUAGCCUACGACUUGUCAUACGUACGCAACGCACAACACAAACAUCGUUAAUCGCAAGCAUCAUUCGUCCACCCAUCAUAUCCUGAGCGUGCGCGUGCGCACGCAAUACCAUUAUGUGUUUGUUCUACCUAACUCACACGUCCGUUCGAGAGUAGUCCUACACCACCGUACAUAACUG